AAGACGGGUGUGGGUUCAUUUAAGGUAAAGCAGACGGACACACACCAAAACUCUGUCACCGGCCGGGUGGUUUGUUGUUUUUACAAGCACGCUCGGAUGACAUAACGCGUCGAUACAACGUUCUGUGUUUUCUUAACGUCACGUCAAAUGGCGGCGUCAAGUUAGCUACAACAACUAGCUUAUUUCAGAACAAAAUGAAGCAAUUGACGCUGUUGGAAAAAAUAUGUGGAUGAAUAUUUAUUGACGUAGACAAACAGUGAUAGUAAAUUGCACAAAAUAUUAGCAGAACAGUUACAUUUUCAAAGUGUAAAGCCGUGUGUACGUAACUAUUAUUUUUUGGUCGUAUUUUUACUUUGUAUGAAACCGGAUGUUGUUCCUAAUUUGGUUACGUUGACCACAGACGUUGCCAAAUCUCAACCCGAUUUCACGGUAGUUUUAUCACUCGGUGUAUUUGAUACAGAAUGAAGAAAUGAUGUUUUGCUUCAGCUGAGACAAUUUUCAAAUGCAACAUGGCACUGGCGGCAAACACAAGCCUUUGUCGGUGCACUAGAAUUGGGCUGAAGGAAGAAAACAACAGUUAAUUGGACAUAAUCGACAGUUUUAAAUCUGGAGAGGCAGUCUAAAUACCAGAUAUCAUUACGGACCGCCAUGCCAAAGGAACAGCCUUGCUUGAGGGAGCACCAUCCCUGCCCUCCAUCCAGCAAGAAUGCUAAAGAUAAGAGGAACAGCACAAUUUUGAUGGCAAUACGUGACACUAAAGAUGCUGCUGACUCCAACAGAAGAGGCUCCAGCUGCAGCUCAGAAAAAGACUCUGGUUAUUCUGAUAGUUCAGACUGGCAACAUACAGAUCUUGAAGUCCGGCGAACCAACACAGGCCAGUUCAGACCAAAGGAAGUUGCCCAACCUUCACAGUCAGGCCAAAGCAAAGAACCUGGGCUGAAGAAUCCAACCACGAUGCCUGUCAGAGUUAACCACCCUCCCAUCUAUAUCAUCAAAGACAUGACGCUUAAGAAGCCAGCCAUGAUCCAGAAAAGAGGACAGCUCCUCUGGACAAAUGGUGUCAGAGUAAGCAGUCAUUCAGGUUCACCGCAUGUGAUCCUCUUCGAGCAACCUAGGGGUUUGCCAGCAACCAUCGAGCUCCACAAGCCCUCAUCCCGGUCAUCUAACAUGACCACAAUGAAAACAAAUAGUACCUACCUAUCUAUUCCCAAAACCUACCCUUCUAUUGCACCCCAUCCGAGUAAGAAGCCACCGGAUAAAUCUUCUUCAUACCAGGAUUACCAGAAUCUGAGCAAAAGGGUGUGCACAGAAAAAAAGACUGAUGAAACCCCUGCAGCCAGAGGUGUACCUGAGCAGCACCUUCCUAAACAGCCUAAUCUGACAGUCUCACAUUCUGGCCUGUUGUGUUCAUCAUCAUCCAGUCAUAGUCUCUCCUCCUCUACUCCCACUGUUACUUCCUCAGUCCCGGGAUCCCUGCUCAUGUCGGGUCACACCACAUCCUCUUUCCCUUCCAACAGACUUAAUAAGAACAUCAGCGUUAGUACUCGCCACCGCCGUUUCCUUAACACAGUGGAAAUCCUCAAACAGUCUGGUCUUUUGGACAUUACAUUGCGCACAAAGGAACUGCUGCGCCAGAACAACGUGACAGAGCAGGACAUAUCGCAGCUUCGCCAGCACACAGAACUACUGUGCCAGGCUGCCAACAACCCCACCCUCAGCCUGAAUGGUACCACGGCCUGGGAACAUCUACAUCAGGUCAUGGCUGAGUCAGGCAAUUAUCCCAACCUCAAAAUCCAGCAGAAAUUACAGGGCCCAUCACACCUGGAUUUUGUAAGUCAGCAAGAAAGUAUUCCUAUAGAUGUCAUGAACAGACCACAAGCUGCUGAAAGCUUACAGAUGCCAUCAUCUUGCCUUCUUGCCUCCACAACAGAGCAGUCUCACACAAAACAAAGCAAGAAGCCUGAGGCUGGUAAUGAAUCCUCAGGCAAAGUUCCCUUUAUGUCUCCUGACAGUUCUACGGAUUAGCACAAGCAGCACUGGCUCUGAAGAUUGAGCAAGUAGUCAUGGCUACAGUGCAUUGCAGAGUGUCCAUCCUCUUUGGCAAGUUUCAAGUUUUGUUGCCUCAUAACCUGAAAUUAAAACAGCUUUUGUGCAUGAUUGUAUCAUUUGAUCUGGAAAUGUAACCACUGAUGUUUUUGCUCAUUCUUCAAGUCAAACUUGUUUCUUUCAAACUGGAUAAGUUUUGUUGGUGUAUGGGAGGUAUCUUCACACUUCAGUGUUGCCUUAGCAGUGUGAAUAGUUAUUUUAAGACUGAACGGUAACCUCCUGCUCCAGCCUCAGUUCUAUGGACUAAAACAAAAAUAGUUUCUUUCGUGAGAAUUUGACUGUAUUUAGCACCAUCCACCGUUACUUCAAUACUGAUUAAUUUCCUAGACUCACCCAAUAGAAAUGCAUCCCAGCAACAUGAUACUGCCACUACCAUGCUUUACUAUGGGGAUGGUAUUCUCAGGGUUUUUAGAAAUUGCUCCAUUAUUUUUGGCAUCACAAUUUUCAUGCUUGACCUGAAACAUUUAUAUUCCAGUUAAAUAUAAGAUUGUUUGUAGCCUGGGGCUUGUGGGGCCAGUGGCACUUGAUUGUUGCUGGAAAACUUCCCCCCUAUUUGCUAUGUUAAUUUAAACAAUUUAGAGUAAGAAAAUUUGGUAGCCAGUUAGGCUACAAGAAGCUACCUGUUGCUGUAUAUACCAAGGAAGCAGAUAUAAAAAUGGCAGGUACACAUAUAAGUUGUUUUGGCUGCAUGGUGAUGAGUAAUUCAGCAACAAAAACUAAAAAGUUUAUCAAGCUGCCAAAGGUUGUUAAGCAGCCAGUUUUAGCACCUCAGCCCACAGGGAAAUCCCACCCUCCACACUGACAUGCUCUCAUAGCAGUUUCCCCUGUAAUUUUAGGAUGAGAAGUCCUGGCUCCAGAGAAGCUGUUAAUUAAAUCUUGUAAUGGUUGUUAUCAAGUUAUGGUUGGAGAUGGCAUGCACUCACUUGCCCGCCUUGGCCAGAGUAAUGUAAAUGUGUUUGUGGAGAUAAUGGGAACUUAUAUUGCACACAAGUGGACUUGAGUUAGGUAUUUAUAUGACUAAGCAAAUGGUAUGAAUACAUAUUGAUGCACCAUUUUUUAAUUUUUUUUUAUUUUGAAUUUCUUAUAAUUUUAACAGGUUUGUAAAGCACCAACAUAAAAAUAAAAAAAUAGUCACAGUAAUCAGUGAUGUAGUCAUUAGAUGACAUUAGUAACAUAAAUGAAAUGUUGCUGAUUACUUAGACUGUGUCUAAGUGGUCAUGCAACAUAUCUCUUCAGAUUGACGGGAAUCCAAUAAUCACUUGCAUACAUUUGAAAGCUGAUUCUAAUGAGUGCUUUUUACUGCAAUUCAAUCCUGAGGGUCCACUGUCAUCAUCAAGUUGUGUCAUUUUGUUUUUCUAGAAUGUCAGAUCAGCCAUAUUCUGGGAAAGAUUAAUCUUGACAUAGGUAGUUUUCUAUAGCCUGCGAGAGUCAGCAGGCCCCACCAGGUUUGUGACAUCAGUGCCUUAUGGAUGCACAGCUAAACUUAAAAGACUCGCUUUAUGAUGUAACAGUGUGAAAAAGAUUCUCCCUGUGCCGUGCUGGACAUUUGGAUCUCCAUCCGAGUGCUUUCCAAUGAACUUUUAAAACUGGUUUUCACUUGCUCAUUUCAUUCAUCACCUACCUACAAUUAUAUCAGAAACAUUUCAGAUUAUUCAUUCAAGCCACAUUAUCUUUAAAAUAGUUUAUUAAACCACGUUUUCUCAAACAGCAGCUGUGACGUCCUUGUGGGUUUUUUUUUUACAUCAGGUUGGUAAUAUUUUGUUCUUGGAUGAAACACACUUUGUGUUGUAUAAUUGAACAUUUGACAGUUUUUUUCAGUAUGUUGACCACGUAGGUUUCAUUCUGGUGGAGUGUGUUGGGUAUUUCUUGUGAUUCUUUGUGCUUGUAAAUAUAAAAUACUGCACUGCCAGCCAUGCUCAUAUUUGUGAAAUUUCAAGUGGUUUACAUAAUGUAUUUUUCAUAAUUUGAGGAUAUUUAAAUAAAGCAAUUUAUGAAUAAUCUA